CCUCCUAACGCUGUUUCACCUUGUUCCUUGCAGUCAGGACAGUUCAAUGAGGACAUGAUCCCCACAGUGGGUUUCAACAUGAGGAAGAUCACCAAAGGGAAUGUUACCAUAAAGCUCUGGGACAUCGGGGGGCAGCCGCGGUUCCGCAGCAUGUGGGAGCGAUACUGCCGCGGAGUGAGUGCCAUCGUGUACAUGGUGGAUGCUGCUGACCAGGAGAAGAUAGAGGCCUCCAAGAAUGAACUGCACAACCUGCUUGACAAGCCGCAGCUCCAGGGCAUCCCGGUCCUCGUCCUGGGGAACAAGCGGGACCUGCCCGGUGCCUUGGAUGAGAAGGAGCUCAUUGAGAAGAUGAACCUCUCUGCCAUCCAGGACCGAGAGAUCUGUUGCUAUUCCAUCUCCUGCAAAGAAAAGGACAACAUUGACAUCACCCUACAGUGGCUUAUCCAGCACUCGAAGUCCAGGCGAAGCUGAGGUCCCACGGGCCUGGCUCGGAUUGGGAAGAUGCCAUUGUACAAGCCCGUGCCCCUCUCUCCUGCUCUGUCCCUCCAGCUCUCUCUCUAGAUGGGUAUUUUUAGGGGACCCCAGACUCUGCUCACAUUGGGGCAGAGUCCUUGUUUUUAUUGUAAAGGAGAUGUCUGACUGCCCUCCUCUUCCCCUCUCCUCUCCUCCCCCCUCUCUUCCUCCAUUUUGGCACUGUUCUGUUGUUGUCUGUGUAUACAGUAUAUAUAUAUGUAUA